UUAUUCUCCGUACCUGCAAUCCAUACCAACGCUUCCAAACCCAGGGGCAGGAGCUACAGAGAGGAACGUCACCGAAGACACAGAAGGAGACAUGGAACACAAUGAAGAGCCCCUUAUGGAAACCCUCAACGGAAGUGCCGCUUCCGGCGGCGAUGUUGGUGCAGCCGCCCCCUCCCGCGCUCAGGAGGAGACUUUGCAGCGCGUGUCAUCGGUUGGUGAACAGGAGGACGACGACGACGAUGAGGACGACGACUACUACCCGCAGGAACUUCCGGAAGAAGAGAAGACUCCGGUUACCGUGGUGACGGGCUUCCUCGGCGCGGGCAAGACUACCCUAGUGAACUACAUACUCAAGGAACAGAGGGAGAUGAAGAUCGCGGUCAUCGAGAACGAGUACGGGGCUGUGAGCAUCGACACCGAUCUCGUGGAGGAGAACGUCCGGGAGGCCGAGGACAUCGUGACCAUGGACAACGGGUGCGUGUGCUGCACGGUGCGCGGCGACCUGGUGAAGGCCCUCGUCAACUUCCUCGACCGCCGCGACACCUUCGACUGCAUUCUCCUAGAGACAACCGGGAUCGCGGACCCUUCCCCGAUCGUGGCCACUUUUAACCAGGACAUGGACGUGAAGGCGAACUAUCGCGUGGACUCGGUCCUCUGCCUGGUGGAUGCGAAGAACAUCCUUCGACAACUCUCGAGGACUUCCCAGGAGCCGGGUGCGGUGAACGAGGCCGUGCAGCAGCUGGCCUUCGCGGACUCGGUGAUCAUCAACAAGACGGACCUCGUGAGCGAGGAGGAGCUCAAGACGGUCAAGCAGAAGAUCACCAGCGUUAACGCCUUCGCCAAGGUCGUGCAGGCGGAGAAGUCCCGCGUUCCUCUCAAGUCAGUCCUGAACCUCCGCAGCUACAACCUUGAGCGAACGCUGGAGCUCCUUGAACAGGAGGCGAAAGAGGAAGAGGCUCGGAAGAAGGCGGCCGAGGAGAAGGAUACGAAGGAGGCGAAGCAGAACGCCGACAAGGUCAAAGGGGGCCACGCGCAUGGGUGCAAGGACGGGUCCUGUGGCCACGAUCACUCCCACGGCCACCACGACCACAAGCACGAAGACACCUCCGACGGCCACGCCCACUCCCACUCCCACGACUAUGGCAAGGAGAAUGGCGAGAAGCGCAAGCGUGACGACGAGGGAGGGGAGAACGGGGUCGCAAACGGCGCGGAUGGAUCGAAGAACGCCAAGAAGGCGAGGAAGAAGGAGCUCGUAACGGUAUCGUCCACACGGCACGACUCAAAGGUCGGAUCUAUGGGACUUACCCUCAGCGGGAACCUCGAUGUCGACAUGUUCAACAAGUUCAUGGGGGAAUUCCUCCGGGAGAACAGUGCCAAUCUGUUCCGAUCGAAGGGCGUACUGGCGUUCAAGGACCAGGAGCGAAAGUAUGUGUUCCAGGGAGUGCACGAGCAGAUUGACUGCGAGCCGGCGAUUAAUGGGUGGGCCGAGGGCGAAGAGCGCGAAAGCAAGAUAGUCUUCAUCGGUCUCGACCUGGACAACGACUACAUCACCGAGAGCCUCAAGGCGUGUAUCGUGCCAGAGGCGACAGAGGCGUGACGUAGAGAAAUAUUACACACCUACCGUGACCGUUGGGACGAUGAUACUUGUAUCCGAAUGGUCCUUUGAUUGCCGAACAACAUGGUAUUUGCGUAUAAGCAGGAAAAGUCGGAGCGAAAAACAGCAGCCCCCUUUCUUCGAGACAACUCACAGCGAGACGUCGUGCGACGAAGAGAACGAAGCACGAGGAAAAUAAUCGCACGUCCGUUUGGAAGUAUCGCACGUUUUUGUUUUUUCUGCGCGGCAAUGAAGCACGGGUUAGGAUUGAGGAUUGUCUUCGGAUCUUAUAGCCACGUACCCCCGUGUAUAUGUCGAGAGGAAGAGAAAGACGAGUUCCCCAGCUGCGUGUUGGACUCUCGAUGGAAAAGCUUCAUCUUGUUUAUCGUUAUUUUACGAGGGUGUGGCUACUGCUGGACUCACCGAUUGUAUAUGCGCCUCUUCGAUCUGUUGGAGGAAGGUCGAUGCGAAAAAUGACUAUCGGGGUACAGCAGGGUGUUGUGCUGCCUCUGUUUUAUUUGUUGUUAUAUUGAAGAAGUCUCCUGUUUUUUUCUGAUGUGGUCGCAGUCUCCUUUUUUGUGGGUGAUCGGUUUGGCGCAGGCGGGCGCCGCGCCCUCGGUGGAAUAUGGUUUCACCGAGGAAGGGAGGUCUUCGGGACCUCGCCCGCGGGAGAGGGGACUCAAACUGUAUGCAUGCGCUUGUUGUUUGCAUGUGGAUUGAAGGCGUUGUGAAAGUAUCAAGCGUGUUCCUGUGGACGCUUCGUGUUUUCACAUGUUUGUUGUGUGACGCUAUACCUGGACGUGUCCUUGCAGAGUUUUGAUAACUUUCCCUCCGAUCCAUCGCCGGUAGCUUGUUAGCGGAGUGGAUAGCCGAAACCGGGCUCAUGUCGUAGCUGUGUGUGCCCGAUUCAGGUGUUGUACUAGUAUCUGUUGCGAUGUUUCUAGUUGCCUGCCUCCCGUGGAAGAGAUCGCUCUCUAAGAAGUCGCCGCGAAAUCUCAUCAAUAGUUCGAAGUAUUUAGGUUAGUAGCGUGCGUGCCUUUGGUGAGGGCACGCACAUGUGAAUGGGUGGCGAUGGUGGGGUCUACCCAAACAGUUGAAUGGCACGCCCUUGAAAGGGCUGCUGCUUUCGACUGACCGUGCCCCGAAGGCUUGAGGGUUUUUGGAAACGGAUGCAUGACAUGUAUGCCCCGAGUCACUCGGUUGAUGGUAAUGCCGUUCUUUUUUAUUCCUUAGAGCGCAUCUUUGAUUUGGUUGCGCGUCGCUUCCUGACGACGAGUGGUCAAGUGCAUCCGUCUUUCGGGGUUAGGUGCUGUGGCAACCCCCUCAUGCGGGCGUUAAUAUGUCACGAGGGUGAAAGCAAAAAACCCGAACAACCGGUGCAAGUUCAAAUUUCGAAGGAAAGCACGAUUGGUUCUAGCUCACACUGUUGGUUUUUCACGGCAAGGAAGGUCUCUCUGUCGGUUGGGGAAUGACUAUCUCCCUCUCAGUGCACUCCAACUACAAUUCUUGACGCACCGCCGGCGACCGCAAGGUUGGAGCAUGACCAGAACUCUUCUGCGAGGUUCUACACUCGGUCGCUGCAGCACUCAAGGUUGACGUCUCUCCAGUCGGGCUUGUUGGGCGAAACGCCUUCAAGCCCCCGGUUCUCUUGCUACGGAAAGAUGGAAGCGAAAGAAACCCUUGCCCUCCACCGAACAGGGGCACGUACUCCACUUGCAGCUCGAAGAGCUGGAGCAGCCGCAGCGUGUUUUUGUUAUGGAGUUUUGCGCUAUCCCGCGGGUGAACGCGCCUGCCAACGGCUGGUUGUCUGCGUCGAUGUUUGCUUGCGGUCAUGAUUGGCUUGAGUGCCUUGUGCAACUCUGCAGUUACGUUGGUGCUGUAGCAGAUGUCGCAUUCACUCACAUUAGGGUACUUCAAUUCGUAUGCUUCGACACCCCGGCGACCCCUCCCCAGAUAUCUGGCAAUGAAUCUGACACUCGUUCCAUUGGCGAGGGAACUUUGUCGUAGACGUGAUGCCGGGCCACUGCAGUAUUAUAGUGCAGCUCGCAAAAGAAGCCCGCUCGCCUGAGGUGGUCGGCCUCCGGAGGACGAGGGGCCGGACAUAAACUCGAGCGGUGACGUAAAUCAUGCACCCCGAAACGAAAGGCGUUUCUGGGGGUUGGCGCGCAGAAUAAGAUUGGGUACCAAGCGGGACUGGAUGGAGUAUGAUUAUGUCGGUCU